AAACAGAAAUCUAGCUUAAGCAUCCGGCUCGCACGCACCGACGCGCGACGCACGAGACCGACCACCUUCCUCCGCCCCACCACUCCCCCCGCGCGCGCCGUGCGAUCACCGCCGGCCCCCGCCCUCACCCUGGCCGCCUUGAGGAAAAGCAAGGCCAACGCCUUCUCCUCCUCCUCCUCCUCUCCACCGAGGUCGCGCCGCGCGAUUGCCGUCACGAUGGCCGCGUCGCUGCUCGUGCUCGCCGUGGCGUUCCUGGUUGGCGCUGGCCACGGCGGCAUCGAUGGGGGUGCAGCAGCUCACAUGGAGGUAGAGGGCUCUGAGGUGACCUACGGGAGUGUGAUUAAGCUGUUGCAUGAGAAGACAAAGCACCGUCUGCACUCACAUGAUGUGCCGUACGGCUCAGGCAGCGGUCAGCAGUCUGUCACCGGCUUUCCUGAAGGCGAUGACUCAAAUAGCUACUGGAUCAUAAAGCCUACUCCAGAUUCAUCGUCUAAGCAAGGUGAUUCCAUUCAAACUGGUGGCAUCAUCAAGUUGCAACACAUGAAGACUCGGAGGUGGUUGCACAGUCACCUGCACGCUUCACCGUUAUCUGGUAACCUUGAGGUUAGCUGUUUUGGUGGGGAUGAAUUGUCAGAUACUGGUGACUAUUGGAGGCUAGAAAUUGAAGGAAGUGGAAAAGUAUGGAAAAGAGACCAAAAGGUACGACUUAGACAUGUUGACACUGGAGGUUAUCUGCAUAGUCACAGCAAGAAGUACAACCGCCUUGGUGGUGGGCAGCAAGAGGUCUGCGGUGUCCGAGAGAAGCGAGCUGAGAACAUUUGGUUGGCAGCAGAGGGUGUUUAUCUCCCGGUUAACGGAAGCAAGUGAAAAAGCACUUUCAGUAUUUACCAGUUUUAAUGUUAAUUAGCAUAGGAUCAGAUAUUUUACUCGCUUUCAUUCGUUCUUGUUUUUCUUAAGAUAAAUGAACAUGGGACAUGACCCCUAGUGAUAUGAAAUUGGAAUGUUGGGCAUCGAAGGUGUCGUACAUGCUUGUAAUUGGAUAUUUGUGAUACAUGUGUGACCGUGUAGAGACUCA